UGGAGACAUAUCUGCACAACCAUUUCAUUUUAUCGAAAAGACAAGUGGAGUGAAAAUACUCUCUCGCUCUCUCACACACACUAGGAAUAUGGACAAACACAGUGAAUUCAUAACAACAUUGUCAAUGAAGACUCAAAAUGUUGGCAACAUUAAUGAUCUCAUUAGACAACUACUGGAGGAAGACAUUCAGAUUAUUCGCGAACAUACAGACAAUAGGACUGUUUGUUAUCUACCAAAUUCGAAGGAUUUAGAUGAUCUUCAAAAGGAGUUGUUAAAGACUGCUCAAGGUGUACGAGACGAAGCAUACACAGAAUUACGUUCGAUUGAUGAUAGCUUUGGAAGUUUGGUGUCAACACAGCUGUCAACAUCAACAUUAGACCAGCAAAGCAGUUUGAGUGCUGCAGAGAAUGAUCAGAACAAGGCGAAUAUAUUGGAUAAUUCUCGAGGUGAUGAAUCUCACUGUGCAAAUGAAGACACUUGCUUCUCCUCAUCGUCAACUUUCAAUGUUCAACAACAAUGCUGUUUGACAAAAUCUCUUGCUGAUAGCGCCACUACUCGUCCUAACAGUCGAUACUACAAAACGGAAUUGUGUAGGCAUUAUUCUAACACUUCUGGUAGAGGUUGUAGUUAUGGGGAUGGAUGUCAUUUCGCUCAUGGGGCGAUUGAACUCAGAUGCACUCCACAUCAUCCACGGUAUAAAACACAAUUGUGUCGUCUUUUUCAUCGUUACAGAAAUGUAGAUUCGGGAAGAGAUGUCAGUUUAUUCAUGACGAAGCAUUAGAUGAGUUGCUUCGCAUUCGAUUACAAGAUCAAAUAUUUCAGACAUAUCGAGAAAUUCAUCCCGAAGUAGGUGAUGUGCGCUUGAUCGAGUUACUCAGACCACACGAUGAUAACUUGCAGGCGCAGAAUGUUUCUGUGUUAACAUCAUAUGAUGGAAGGAAGCUCGAUAAGGAUUAUUACUCUACUCUACUGUUGGCACUAGAGAAGCUGAACAGCUGAGGGAUGGUGUGGAGCAGUAAGUACUCCACGAAAAAUCGAAUCGAAUCACAUGAACAUUCCACAGGUGGAUGGUGAUUAUGCUUUAUUCAUGUUUGUUCAAUUGAACUCAACAUAUUAAACUGAUAUUUCUUGUUCUCUACAUGGAUCAUCACCUUCAUCGAACAAAAGUGAAUGUGUGUGUGUGUGUGUGUGUUAUUCCAUAAUUUAAGAUCGACUUUCUAAUAUUAUGUAACUUACUUUUAUGUUAAAUAAUACUAACCAUUAUAUUAUUUUUACUAAUGACAAUGAUAAUAAUAAUAAUAAUGUUCAUGAUCGGAAUAAUAUUAAUGAUAA